CGCCGCCCGCCAAGCCCGACACAAGAACUCAUGUCGCUGUCGAGAUUCUGGAGACGGAACGAUCUUACGUGGAGUCACUGCACAUUCUAGUCUUCAAAUACCUGAAGCAGCUGAAGAGUCCGGAAAACGCUGGUCUGGUCGAUUCCGCGCUGGUGGACGAAAUAUUCUACCAGGUUCCAUCUAUUCUCUCUCACCAUGAGGUAUUUCUGGCUGAGCUUCAGAAGAAGCUAGAUGAUUGGGACCAGCAGCAAACAAUUGGAGAUGUUUUUGUAGAGGCAUUUACAAAACAACAUGUGAUUGAUAUGUACAUAUCAUUCAUAAACAACUGGAAGUCAGCAAAAGAAGCAGUUAAAGCUACAUGCCAGGCAAAACCAGCAUUUGCCAAAUUUCUAGAGGCUAUGGCACGUGAGCAUAAAGGAAAACUUGCUCUGGACUCACUGCUUAUUAUGCCCGUACAAAGGAUACCACGAUAUGAACUGCUUCUUCAAACACUUAUCAAGAACACAGAACAGAGCCAUCCAGACUACAACUUACUUCUGUCAGCACAACGUGAGGUACAUGUCUUGGCUGUGAAAAUCAACUGUACUGAACGAGAAAGUAUGGAAGCAGAACAACAGCAAGCAAUGCUUAGGGAACUGGAAAAUGUUAUUGAAGGCUGCUCCAAUAUAUUCACUCCAGAUAGAGUGUUUCUGCGUUUUGAUUUGGUAUCCGUUACUGGAGAUGCAGCUGGCUCUGGCAAUCCAGAGCGUGGAUUGUUCCUUUUUAAUGAUUUACUCAUUAUUACCACAGUUAAGCGCCGCAGUGGUGCUAUCAGGAAGCCUUCAGUCAUCCUCCCAGCAAACCUGAUCCAGCAGUUGGAAGGAAACAAACACAGAAUAGCGAUGAGACUCCUCCUUGAAGAUGUUGAGAUAGUAAAACUUAAAGAUGACAUCUUAAGAGAUUUGGUACGAGAGGUUGAAAAUCUUGCUGAGGAUGCCGUACUUCUGACUCAAAUGGGAGAAAUAGCAGCCCGAUUACACACUGACCAUAAUCUACUUGACGACAUCAUCCGUGAAAUGCUGUGUUAUGUGAACAAGCAAUUGUCUGAACAUAAUGGCAGUGAGUCAAAGCUUUCCCACAUUGAGUUCAUCAUCAGUUCAGAAGGUGCUGCAACUGACUCACUUGUUGUGGUAUUCUCUUCACAAGAUAAGAAAGCAGACUGGGAGGAGGUUUUUAAUGAUGCUAAGCAGAAACUUGUAUUGUCUGCUGAAAGAAGAGGAUCACCAGAGUUUGUUCUGCCUCUCCCAAUUCGCAAGACACGGGCUGGCUUGCAGUUCACCUGUGCUGCUCCUACAUUGGGCACAGAUGCUCGAGAUGUUUGGGUAUGCAAUAGUGAUGGGUAUGUUGGCCAAGUGUGUGUCCUAAGCCUCAGCCCAGAACCUACAGUAGUAUCCUGUAAUGGUGUCUGCAACGCACGCAUACUUUGUAUAGCUUCAGUUCCUGCUGUUGACUCGGGUCGUUCUGAUUAUGGAUUUGGACACAGCAACUUUUUCAACAGCAAAUCUGGGAUCAGCAUUUCAGUAGAAGACACUGAUGAGGGGAAUCUUCAUUAUGACAGCAGUUCUUCUAGUGAUGGUGACUAUGAAACAGAGGAGUGUGUUGGGGCAGAUGAAGAACAGAAGAACAAUUCAAUGGAGCCAGUCAGUAUAACAGCAACACCAAGUGAAGUGAGCAUAGCCACAGUGCCUGCCUCAGAGGAUAGUGACAGCAUGCAGCCCACCAUGUGGCUCGGUACUGAAGAUGGCUGCAUCCAUGUCUACAACUGCACUGAUAACAUCAGAAUCAAGAAGAACAAGAUUAAAAUUCAACAUGGCUCAUCAGUACAUUGUAUCAUAUACCUGGACAAUAGAGUUUUUGUGUCCUUAGCAAAUGGAGAUAUCACAGUGUACACUAGAGACUCAAAUGGUGGAUGGAAUACCACUGACCCACUGACAGUUGGGGUUGGGACAGCAGCAAUGCCAGUGACACGAAUGCUGUCCAUUGGAGGAAAGCUUUGGUGUGGUUGUCAUAAUACAAUAAAAAUUCUGAACACUGUUUCACUCAACAUUGAGCAUUCCUUUCAAGUAAACUCUGACAGCAGUCGAUCUGUAACAUGUUUAGCACUGGCAGGAUUUGGUGUUUGGAUUUCCUUACAGAAUUCAGCAGUUGUAAAACUUUUCCAUGCAAUAUCAUAUGAAUGCCUCUGUGAUGUUAAUGUUGCACCUGCAGUAACAAAAAUGCUACAAAGUUGUGAUGACAUUAUCCGGCAACAUAAAGCUGCUUGUCUGAGGGUAACUUCACUGCUUGCAUGUAAAGACAUGCUGUGGAUUGGAACAAGUGCAGGAGUUAUCCUUAAUAUGCGACUCCCACACAUCACUCCUUCUACAACUAAAGUUACCACAGUACCAACAGCAUCAGGAAUGCCACAUGGCCAUACAGGACAUGUACGUUUCCUGACAUGUGUGGAAACUGGCUAUCAGCAUGUCACAAAGGAAUCUUUAAAGCAACAGUCAGGGAUGUUUGUACGUCAGGUUGGGAGGAGCAGAGGUGAAGGCAGCAGUUCAAAAUCAACUCUUCUUGUAAUCUCAGGUGGAGAUGGAUAUGAAGAUUUUCGUACAUCAGGUGUAUCAGAAGUAGCUGGUCGGGAGGACUCUACUAAUCACUUAUUACUGUGGCUUGUAUAAGCUGCAUAUAAUUGCUACUUAUUUACCUGCUCAGACUAGUCUACUUUAAUGUGUACAUUUGUGUUAAAUAACCUGCUGUUACCUGUGGGUAAAGCUUGUGCUAGUCACUCAUUUUGUACAUUAAUGCAGAUCACUGUAAACAUCUCAUUACAUCCCAUAAAGUAUUUAGUUACUUUUAUAAGUAAGUUAUGUCAGCAUUUAGAUUUGAACACAAUGCAUUAUUUAUAUUGAUGAAGAGAUCUUAUGAUUGAAUAAUUGUUAGCUAUAAAAAACUGAUUGACUAGUUACGAUUUUGUUUAUAUGUAAUUAGUCUAUUGGAAAGCAGCUAUGUACAUAUAGUAGUAUCACUUCUGCAAAGGGAAAUGUGAGUUAGCAUUAGUGAUAUGAAUUUGAUACUUCUAUAAGUGAUUCAGUAUUAAUCUCAUUCAGAAAUGUCAGUGUGCAUUAUGAGUAUUUUUUCCAAGACAUUAGGAAGUGUUAUGUUGCUUAAAUGUGACAGUUCUGUUUUUGGAAUAACUGAGUCUGGAAAGCUACACUGUAAUUUGGAAAUAUUUACGCUUUCUGUUAAAAAUAGCAAGAUACCAGAUUUUAUGGUUGUGUGAGAGUCAUUUCAUUUUUGAAAUGGCACUGAUGGUGGUGAUAUGUAGCUCUACUCCAGUUUGUUGAUACUUGUUUUUAAUAAUCAGCAUUUUAUUUUCAUAAUGAAUGAUGCAAACAUCCCAUGAAACUUUAUAUUGUUAAUUGUUAUUGUAUACAUGUAUUUUGUUUAAAAUGAUAUAUUUCUUUAACAUGAUUGUGAUAAGUUACUUUGUGUGUGUGUGUGUGUGUGUGUGUGUGUGUGUGUGUGUGUGUGUGUGUGUGUGUGUGUCUCAGAUGAAAAGGGAAAAAGAAAUGUUAACUGAACAUUGUUACUUUGUUAACUACAUUCUGGCCAUGAUUGAUCUUAAAAGAUCUCUAUAAAACUAAUAAAUUUUUAUAGCAAACUGUAUUCAAAUAAAAAAAAAUCUGCUAGCCUGUCUUGUAAUAUAAAAAAGAAAAUAGACUAUGACUGGUAUGUAACACUGCUCAAGGAAUGAUCAUCUAAUAAGACAUUAUUUUACAGACAAGAGGCAAUUGUACAACAACAAAAUUUAUAUCCUACAAGUAUUUAAACAUAUUAAUGUAAAAUAUCAGAACUAAAUGGUAUGUGAAAGUCCACAGAAUAAUGCCUGGAAGAUCUAAUUGUCCUGUACUGUAUGUAGAAACGUGAAUACAAUAUUGACAGAAAAAAUGACAUUUAUUUUUCCAAGUUUUCUUAGUACAUGCAUAUUCAUAAUAAUAGACCCUAAGUUAAAAGACAUCAUAAAAUACACAGUAGCUCUAGUACGAAUUUUAGUAAACAGUUUAAUUCUCAGUGAGUUAUGUUUCACUGUAACGAAAACACUAACGUGGUACACUAGCACACCAGUUGGAUUUAGGUGUGUACCUCCAUGUUUGGUUCCUACUUUGUGAAAGUACAAAAAAAAAUCAUUAUUUAUGAAAUUGUUUUAAAAAAUAUUAGUCACAUUAUUUAACUGCAUUAGAAUUGAUUCCAGCU